AUGGCAGACAGCAAAGGAGCCGCACCUGCUUCUGCGGGAUGGAGAAAGUUCGCCUUCCUCAACCUGACCCCCGCCCAAUACUUUGUCCGUCUCGUCCCCGCGAUCGUCUAUGGCUUGUAUACGUACUCUACCCGCGGACCCUUCCAACCUCCCUCCUGCACCAGCUUCGGAAUUUCCUGCCCCAUGACCACCAACCACAUCUCGGGCGUUCUCGAGCGACCCGAAUACUAUGGCCAGGUCUUGGGAUACUACACCGACCUGAUCGCGCAAUCUGAAGAUCUCGGCGGCUCUCUUGCAGUCUUUGUUGACGGUAUGGCCGUAAUUGAUGUCUAUACUGGAUUCAAGGACCUGGCUCGCACCCAAGUCUACGACAACACGACACUUCAACAGGUCUACUCUUCUGGCAAGGCUGUCGAGGGCAUUAUUAUUGCCCGCUUGGUCGACCAGGGCAGGCUGGACUAUGAGGCCAAGAUUGUCGAGUACUGGCCCGAGUUUGGACAGAAUGGAAAGGAGGAAGUUCGAUUGAGGGAUUUGAUGGUCCAUGAAGCUGGUGUGCCAGCAUUGGAUGAUGAGGACAAGCUCGAUGCGCUCUCAUGGGCCUCGAUGGGGGAUGAGGAAAAAUUUUCGGAGCGUUUGGCUCGACAGCCUCAUGUCUUUGGCAGCAAGCCGACCCGUGCGUACCAUGCAAUCACGCGUGGCUGGUUCCUGAACGAGAUUGUCAAGCGGGCUGACCCCAAGGGCCGGACGAUUGGGCAGAUUGCGCAACAGGACUUGAUGACCGACUAUGAGGACUUGGAGUUGUACUACUCCAAGCUGCCCAAGGAGUCGGACUGGGAGAACCGUCUGUCGCCCAUGCACGACUACCCUCUCCUUCGCAUCCUGGGUCGUUUGGUCUUGCCACAGGUGAUUCAGAACAGUAGGAUCUUUGGUAGCCCUCGUACGCUGCCUUUGCACCAAAUUGUCAAGAGGACAUUUGAGAGCAAGUCGCUCACUGCCAGAGCCCUUACGCCCAAGUUUGCUCCCUGGCCCCGUCUUCUCCGCACGCCUGAGGCACAUGUGUAUGAGGGUACCAGCUUCUCUCUCAAGUCUAAUGCCCACUCUCUCGCAAGGUUGAUGUCAAUGAUGGCCAACAAGGGCGGCUCCACAAGACCCGGUGAACCCAACCUCAUCUCCGCCAAAACCUAUACCCAGGCAACAACCCUCCACGGCGCCUCCCUUGACGAAGUCACCGGCGAGACCGUCCCCCUUUCCGUCGGUGGCUGGGUCAAGACCCGUUCCUUCUACGGCGAAGGUCCUUUGAAGGGCGUUGAAGUCCAAGGGUGGUCUGGAGCUGGAGGAUCGUUGAUUUUGUGGAUUGAGGAGCUGGGGAUUGGGUUCUCGUAUGUAACCAAUGCGUUUGCGGCGCCUGAGACUCUUUUGGGGGAUUACCGGGGCAAGACGCUGUUGGAUCGGGUUGUUUAUGCCCGUAAGGGCGAGUUGGGGCUGUUGCCUAAGAAGGCUCCUGAAGAACAAGCUGAAGCUGGAGCUGGAGCUGAGGAGAAGAAGCAGAGAGAAGAGGAUGAGUGA